AUGGAGAUGGAGGCGGCGGAAGACGAUUCCCUGGAACCCGCGAUUGCGUGGCUGGUGCAGACCAUCCUCGCGACCCUCCUGGUCGACAAAUUGGAUACAUGGAUUCGCCAAGCUGGGUUUGGCGAUGAUAUCGAGAGGCUCAAGUCCGAGAUCAGGAGAGUCGGGAUGGUGGUCUCUGCUGUGAAGGGGAGGGCGAUCGGUAACGAGCCGCUGGCUCAAUCUCUCGUUAUUCUCAAGGAGCUUCUGUACGAUGCCGAUGACGUGGUCGACGAACUCGACUACUACAGGCUGCAACAGCAAGUCGAAGGAGUUACAAGGGACGAGUCCAAAGGUAUGCAUGGAGUUGAGCGAGUCGAUGAGAUACCGAGGGAUGCUAAUACACCGAAUAGCAGUGUUGGCAAAUUACGGUCUGUGGUAUGGCAACACUUCAAGAUCACAGAAAAAGAUAAUGGAAAGCCCGUAAAAUCAGUAUGUAGAUAUUGUGGCAAAGAGUUCACAUGCGAGACGAAGAACGGAACAUCGUCUAUGAGCAAGCAUAUACACAAGAUUUGUAAGAACAAACCUAGAGUGCUUCCACCAAACCUUUCAAGCACCGACGACGCUAUUACAAAUGCGGUACCUGUUGUAAUUGGUGACUCAUGUAGCAGAAAAAGAAGGAGAGUGGAUGAGGAUUCAACACAAAUCACUGCAUCGAAUACACAAUCCCCUUGGGACAAGGAUAUAUUAUCCAGUAGGAUAGAAAAAAUUACCAGUCAGUUACAAGACAUCCGAGGGGACCUGGGCGAGUUUCUCAAGCUACACGGGUCGGACUUAGCUUCCAGUUCAAAUCACCAUCCGAGCAUUAUGCCCGCUUUGAAGCUUAGCUAUGAUCGACUUCCCUACUAUCUACAACAAUGCUUUUCAUAUUGUUCUAUAUUUCCUGAUAGUUAUCAGUUUCGUGCCAAGGACUUGGUCCAUAUUUGGAUUUCACAGGGAUUUGUGAAGUGUAACCAUUCCAGUAAGAAAUUGGAGGAGAUAGGACAGUUUUAUCUGACUGAUUUGGUGAACCUGGGCUUCUUUCAGAAAGUCGGGGAAGAGGAAGAUGAAUCCUCUCUAGGCAGUCAAAGUUCUUAUUCUAUUUGUGGUCUCAUGCAUGAUUUUGCCAGAAUGUGCAGUUUGGUAGAUCCUACACAUCUUCGCUAUGUAAAACAUAAGUCUGAUGAUUUUGACAGGCCUUUGCCACUGGUUCUGACCAAGUUUUUUCAUCUUCAAGUAUUAGAUGUUGGAUCCAACAACGAUCCUGGUGUACCUGAUGGCAUGUACAAUCUUGUUAGCCUGCGGCAUCUUGUUGCAGGAAAUGGAGUAUACUCUUCAGUUGCUAACAUUGGUAGCAUGACAUCACUUCAAGAGCUACAUAAUUUUAAGGUUCAACCUCUGUCUGGUAGCUUUGAGAUAUCACAACUCCAAUCCAUGAACGAGCUUGUAGAACUUUGGGUCUCUCAACUUGAUAAUGUUGAAAGUCGGGAGGAGGCUUAUGGGGCAGGAUUGAGAGACAAAGUACACUUAGCAAAACUGCACUUGUCCUGGAAAGAUGCCUUGUCAGACGAGGAGCUUAUGCCAAUGGAUGAUGGUGGCGCAAGUUCUGAACCUUCUAUGGGUACAGCGCGAGAAGUGCUUGAGGGUCUUGAACCUUAUAUGAACUUGAAGCAUCUACAGAUAUCUGGAUAUAAUGGUGCUACUUCACCAACUUGGCUAGCCAGCAAUAUCUCAGUUACUUCCUUGCAGACGCUUCAUCUCGAUGGUUGUAGAGGAUGGAGAAUACUUCCAUCUCUCGAAAGUCUUCCGUUUAUCAGAAAGCUGAAGUUGAGAAACAUGCAGGAAGUGACAGAAGUAUUAGUUCCUUCACUGGAGGAGAUAGUUUUAAUUGGAAUGCCAAAGCUAGUGAGAUGCUCAAGCACUUCUGUGGAGGGUCUGAGCUCUGUCUUAAGAGCCCUGGAAAUCAAGGAGUGUCAAGAACUGAAGGAAUUUGAUCUGUUUGAGAACGAUGAUAAAUUUGAAACAUGGCAGAGGUCAUGGUUGCCUGGUCUUAGGAAACUCGUUCUCAGUGAUUGCCCUCAUUUGAAAGUGUCAAAGCCUGUUCCACCUUCAACCAUCUCGUGUGAGUUAAAUAUCAGAGGAGUUUCAAUAUUUCCGAGCAUGAAGGGAUUAUCCAGUAAAAAGUUAUAUAUUGGGAAGUCGACUAAGCGAGAAGUUUUCAAAUAUGAAACUGAUGUAUCUUCCGAUGAGUUGAGAAUACUGAAUGACCAAAUUUUGGCUUUUGAUAAUCUGAGAAACCUCAAAUGGAUGAGAAUAGCAGGCUGCAGAAAUCUAAGGUCUUUUUCGUUGGAAGGUUUUAGUCAUCUCGUCUCUUUAAAGAGUUUGGAAAUAAGCAGGUGCAGAGAACUUUUCUGUUCAGAUAGGAUGCCAGAUGCUACCCUUGAAGAUUUGAUAGCUGCGAAUUGGAAGGCCUUCCCAUGUCUUGAAAGUCUCAGUAUAGUGUCAUGUGGAAUAGGAGGGAAGUGGCUAUCUCUGUUGCUGCGACAUGCGCCUGACCUAGAGGAAUUGUGUUUAAAGGAUAUAUUACCGAUAGGAAAGGAAUUUUAUUCAGGGGAGGAAGAUGACCCAUUGACAGGGUUAGCUCAAGACGAGCAAGAUGGGCUCGUGCACGUUCCAUUAAAUUUCAUCUCCUCUCUCAAGAAGAUAACUAUUGACAAUUGCCGUUGUCUAACAUUUAGCUAUAGCGAGGAAGGCUUCUCUGGAUUUACCUCCCUUCAGGAGCUAAUCAUUGGGGGAUGCACCGAGCUGCUCUUGUCUUUUUUGCAUAAAGACGGAAAUGAUCUCACCCGCCUUAAAACGUUAGUGGCACGGUCCAUCCCAGGUUUGAAAUGUCUACAGCUACACUCAUGCACGGCACUGGAAGAACUGAGAAUUAAAGAUUGUGAAUCACUCGUCCAACUAGAGGGCUUGCAAUCCCUUGGCAGGCUCAGGCAUUUGGCAGUAUCCGGCUGCCCUGGCUUGCGUCCAUGUUUUCAGAGCUUUUCAAGGCAGGGAUGUGAGCUGUUCCCUCAGCUGGAAACCCUUGUGAUCGAUGAUCCGUCUGUUCUUACCAUGUUGUCAUUCUGCAACCACCUCACCUCCCUCCGACGCCUACAUCUUCGCCAUUUGGUGCUAUCAGAGGAGCAAGGGGGAGCACUUGUGCUCCUCACAUCCCUACAAGAGCUCGAAUUUAAUGAUUGCCCUAGUCUACCAGAUCUUCCUGCGGGGCUGCACCUCCUUCUUUCCCUCAAGAGGUUGAAAAUAUUAUAUUGUCAGGGAAUCUCAAGGCUUCCAGAAACAGGCCUCCCACUUUCGCUGGAAGAACUGGUAAUACGUCGGUGUAGCAAUGAGCUAAAUGGUCAAUGCAAGGGUCUAGCAACGAGCAAGCUAAGGGUCAAAAUUAAUGACUCGUCGGUUUUAUGA